ACGGCAUGGUCCAAUCUGGCCGUGAAGCCUUUUCUCACUGAAUGAAGGUUUCUGUUCCGCUGCUUCGCCGCUGAGUCGCCCCUGAGUGGUUGAGGGGAGAAGAGGUCUUAGAACGGGCUCCCGAUCCCAUCUCCUACGGACACCCAUCCAGCCCCACUAGCGGUGGGAUCCCCCAUUUUGAUCCCAUGCCUUUGGGCGACGGAGACUGAGGUAAAUGGUCCCGGGAGUGGCUCGCGCGUGUCUCGCUUGAGUCUAGUACGGGUCGAGAUCCGUGAAUGCCCAAAGCUCGGAUCAUGUCCAAGUCGGACUCGAAUGGCUCGGAUCGGUGGUAUUCCCUCAAGGCGGGUCUAUUCCUGGCCUCGUCGGCCGGCAUUGGAUUACUCAUGGGAUUCGGGGGCGCUUUGGCCCACACCAAAAAGCAAGAUCCGCAGUCUUUCGAUCAAGGCCUGGUGGGAGCGACGAGUCCCAACCGUGCCCAGGUUCGGUCUCCGCCCAGUGCGGGUCAGUUACACGCCAGUGGAGCGGCUCUAGCUUCUCGUGCCUUAGCGUACGGUACUUUGUACGCCGUGGUGGGCUGUGGGUUGGUCUUUUACGGUGUUUGGCAAAUAAGCGGUGCCCGAGACUUGGCCGAAUUCCGCCAAAAAGCGGGUUCCAUUCUGCCCGUCGUGCCCAAAAACCAUCCACCGCAAAGUCGUACCGAAUUCAGUGGGAUUAACGACUUUUUGCAAUACGUAAUCGACGAAGAUCAAGCCCAAAAAGAGGCCAAACGGGUACAGACCCCACGUAGUCAGGAAUGAUGGCCCCUCAAAAAGUUGUUGUCAAAAGUGUAAAAGACGUCCAUAGUAGUGGGCAUCCUCAAGUGCAUCCGCCACCAUCCAAGUCAAAAAUGAAGAAAACGAAAUCGAAAAAGCCUGCAAAAGCAAAUCCAGCCCACUUACCUCAAAAUCCGUCCGAAAUAU